AGAGAAAAUAACCCCAUUUCGCUCACAAAAGCUAGGGUUUAAGAGGAAGAGCUACAGAGACGAAGAACACCUAAUACCAGAACACAGACUCUUCGUCUUCAAACAACAUCAUCAUCAUCAAUGGCGGACGAUGAUAAUGAUAUGGGUGAUAUGGGAUACGAGGAUGAACCAGUUGAGGAUAUUAUGGAAGGAGAAGAAGAGGAGGUUGAGAAUAACAAUGAGGAUGAGGCUGCUGAGCAAGUGGUUUUAGAAGGUGAAGAGAAAGAGGAAGCUGAACCAGUUAAAAAAGAUCGGAAGACGUCUAAGUUUAUGACCAAGUAUGAACGAGCAAGAAUUCUUGGUACCCGCGCUCUGCAGAUUAGCAUGAAUGCACCAGUGAUGGUUGAGCUGGAGGGGGAGACUGAUCCACUUGAGAUUGCCAUGAAAGAACUCCGGGCCCGCAAGAUACCUUUCACCAUCCGUCGCUACUUGCCUGAUGGAAGUUAUGAAGAUUGGGGAGUUGAUGAGCUGAUCGUUGAAGACUCUUGGAAGAGACAAGUUGGCAGCAAUCACAAUGAUCAUUCGAUCAAUCUGGGGUUCUCUGUCACACUGGCAGCAAUAUGUUCCGUUCUCUUGGUCUGUUAUGUCUCUAGAUAAAAAUUUUUUUGAAGCAUUAGAAUGCCGUUUGUUAUGUAAAUACUGUUGGAAUUCCGGCUUCAUAAUCAAUAUACUUAAUGCAUAAACAAGAUUAUAUAGAACUCGUAUGCUGAAAUCACAAUACACCCUAGUAUUUGCAUGUUGUACAACAUCUGAAAGAGGUACGGAAUCAAUCAUUACUUCAUGUCAUUAGCCGAACAUAAUUUCUGAUAAUUGCACAAUCAACACUUUAGUUA